GAGCGUCCAGCUUUAAUGGUGGGGAUUGGAUUAAUCGAUGCGAAUAAAAUAGAGAGGUAAAUGGCAAACCACUUCAAGCAGAUUGAGGCAACAGUACCCAGGGGUUUCUCUUGUCAGAAUUGGCCCCACUCGCCGGCUCGGUAAAGGUCCAUGUGAUGGGUGUCAAGUUGAAGCAUGCACCGUGUUAAACUGACCAAUCAGAGGCUGGGGGUGUGAGGCUGCUUUGUGAUUGGCGGCGGGAGAAGGAUCAUCUCCAGGUGACCUGUCAGGAAAGGAGCGGAGAUCCCUGAUGGGGGAUUUACCGAGCCCGGGCAGGGGCGGGUGGGUCCAGAGGGAAGUCAGCGGGAUUUGAAGGUGCCUGAGAGGUCAAAGUUGGAGUGAAAGAGAGAGAUUUAGGUGAGGGCGGGACGGAGGGAUCGAGUGAAGAGGAAUCACCGAGUAGAUCCUAUCGCCGGGUGUGGUGACAGCCUGAUCCUCCAGCUAUGGCCCCAGACAGCAGCGAUUCCUGAUUCGGUGCCUUGUCCCCUUGUCACACCCAUACGUACGGGUAGCGAGUGUGUGCAGGACCGGGCUGCUUCAUGCAGCGUUUCCAAGGCUCCCUGCGCUUGGUGCUUACCACACUCCUCUUGGUUCUGCUUAUGGGCCUGUUAUUAUAUCCAGGGCUAAAGAAUGUUGCCGUGUACUUGCACUCAGCAGUUACUGGGAGCUACAUUUCUGGAACACAUUCUCUAGUCUUUCUCAGCUGUCCCAAUGAACAAGUUGGCAAAGUCAUUGCAAGGACUAUUGUGGAGAAGAAGCUGGCUGCUUGUGUGAGCAUCUUACCAAAAGUGUUUUCCAUAUACAACUGGGACAGUGAAAUAACAGAAACUACUGAAGUUCUGAUGGUAUUAAAAACAAGAACCUCAAAAAUCCACAAACUCUCAGAAUUUAUCAGAUCAGUUCAUCCUUUUGAAGUUCCUGAGGUUAUAAGCAUUUUGGUGGAUCAAGGCAAUCCUUUAUACUUGAAAUGGAUAGAAGAGACAGUGCUUGAAGAUUGAUUUACUCACUGCCUUAAAAACUAGAUAAGAGUGGAAAGUUACAAGAGUGUGCAGAUGGCUUGCCUCCCAGAGGGAAAGUUGGUGUGAUCAUCUCAUUAUCCAGUUAGAAGCUCCAUUGAGUGCUAUGGGUGGGCAAACAGAGCUCACUCUACCUCUGUCACAGAGGACAAUCCCCUGACACAUUGUAAAAAAUGAGGUCCCUGAAAUUACUCCAGAGGCCGGUAUCUCAUCACUAAGUCACCCUUAUUUAAACAUUUGACCCAGCGAGCAUGGAGCCACCUCCCGGAGUGAACAGAACCCCUAACACCCCUGUUUAUAUCUGUCAAUCAGGACUCCAAUUGGGGCUGUUAACCUGGUCCAAUCAGGGAACUCCUAUUCUGAGGUCCAUCUGACUGACUUCGCUCCAAUCACUUCCCCCCUAUGUCCUGGGAUGUAGGCCCGUUCUCUUCCCUGUAGCCUCUCCUGGGGCAUUUUCACAACAGGUCUGGUUCCUUCAACUCUGCCUCUGAUACUCAUGGCAUGUAUCAGACUGUGCCUGUCACUCACCCCCUGAGCGAUUCGGCAAAGUUCAUCUUCAGGUGGUAACAGUGUCAAGUCUGCAACAUCUACUGUGUUUAUUUCAUCCUCCAGUUUCUUCAAUGCUAAGUGGAGGAGGAGAACCCAUAGGUUCUGACAGCCUUCAUGGCUGUUCUGAGGGGCCAUGAGAUGUUUUGCUCCUGCCUCAUUUGCAAGGUUGCAGCUUUCAUGCAGCCCAUGUGCUCAGGACUGCCUCAACUACCCGAACUUUGUGUCAUAGGACCUAACCGUGCAUCAGUCACACCUCUUACCCAUGCAGGGCCAUUCCUAUGGUUUCAACACCAAACUCUGAAGUAAACUGCCACUCUUGCUUAAGGGUUUUGUGUCCAGUGCUGGCCUUUGAUGCAGUUUCAUCUCUCCCCUGGUUUGGGAGGAUCAGGUUUUACUUGGUGCAGAGUCUUCUCCCCCAUUAGCAGCUCUGCUGGAGCUGUCCCUGUAGUUGAGAUGGUCCUACAAUCAAAGAAGAACAAGACUGUUCGGUAUCAAAUGAAGCUGUAGCCUGAUUCUUUAAGACUGCCUUCAAAGUUUGGACUGUUCUUUCCACCAUACCGUUGGAUGAUGGAUGCUAUGGAGCUGUCCUGACAUGCCAAAUGCCAUGUGACUUAAAUAAUACUUAAAUUUCCUGCUGUUAAUCAAUCUGCUGAGUAAAACCGAAUAAAUCUCAAUUAGAGGAGGCUUGGAAUGAUAAUCUUCCUUAGUUAAAACCUCUUGGAUGGUUUUCGUAUCUGGUACCUCAUGAAA